GUGACAAAACAAAGUCCAGACAGAAAUAAAUUGAGUAAAUAUUUUAUAAACUAUUUUGUUUUAGAAGCAGGCUGUCCAGUUGUCUUCAUUCUUUUGAAACAUGUGGCCACUGUCAACUCCUCGUGUGGACCCAGAAGCUCAAGCUGAGAAGCUAAAAGUAUGUGAAACAAGAGACAAACAGAAGACCACAUUGUUUGAAGAAAUAGAUGCAUUACUGGAGGACAAAGAAGAAACUAUUGCAUCAGAACUUCUGAUUGUCCUGCUGGGCAUGUCUGGAUCUGGGAAAAGUGCAGCAAGAACCAUGAUAUUUGGGCAAGAUGAAAGAAGUCAGGCUGGUGUCUCUACAGCCACUCAGAAGAUAACAAAAGAGAGAGGAAGAUUAGAUAGAGACCAGGUGUCUGUGUUAGAUACUCCUGACUGGUUCAGUUCUGGGUUCUCAAUGGAGCAAAUUAAGCAAAACAUACAACUCAUUAGUAUGUGUUGCUCUGGACCUUAUGCUUUCCUUCCAGUUAUACCAAUAAAAAAUGAGUUUACUAAAGAAGAAAGAGAGAUGGUGAAGAAUAUGGAGAGGAUUUUUGAAGAGAUAUCCUGGGAGAGGGUAAUGAUCCUUUUCAUUAUUACUGAUGAACAAGAAAAUCAAAACAUAGAUCAGAGCAGCUUUCUCCAGCACCCAUACUACCAGGAGCUGGUGAAAAAAUGUGGUGAAAGAUUUCAUUUGUUCAGUUUUAGUCAGAUAGGGAAUAAAGCUCAGCUACCAGAGCUGCUGGAGAAGAUAAAGAAGAUGGUUGGAGGAAAUGUCCAUGAUGUCUGUGAGGAGGACGAGAACCAGACCACUUCUAAAACCGAGACAGCUAAUAAAACUAAAGAUGAAAGGGAGAUAAAUUACAUUCAAGUACAACUGCCUAAAUCUCAGCGCACAGUUUGGAUCUCAGAAUGUCCAAAAAAUAUAAAAAACCCAGAAGUGCUUAUAAUCUGAAGCACAGAUGGUUGCCAGGGAAUUUAGAAACUUGUGACA